GUCUGAUGGCUCACUGAAAUUGGGGAGAUGUCAUCCUGGUUUAGAGGCCUAGGCUCCAGCUUGGGCCACUCCUUGGGUCAGGUGGGGGACAGCUUGGCUUCCCUCACUGGCCAAACGUCCAAUGUCACCAAGGACAAGAUUCCCAAAGAAUUCGAGGAUGUAGAAGCAGGUUUACCUAGUUAUUGGAGAAAGAACAUUGAAGACACCAAAUGGAUGAUCAGAUAUGACAAUGAAAGACUUAAAAACUAUUGUGCUGACCUGGAAGAAAGGUAUGCAGCAUCUGAGCUAUGGAUCCAACAUCAAUCUGCAAAUUACUGAAAUGAACUGGCACAGAAAGAAGUCGAAAUCAGGCAACUGAAAGCAAGACAGUUUGUACUAGAAGAUGAGUUGUUGCAACUGAAGUCAGCUGCCCAACCACUGCAUUCAGGAGCUGGUGGUGUACCGUCAACCACUGCCCCGUCUUCAUUCGGUCAUGUCAUCAGUCAUGGUUCAGCUUUUCCCGGUGAUAACAUGGACUUCAGUGACAUCAUUUCAGCACAACAAGAAAUCAACAGACUGACAAUUGAAGUUUCAAGACUCGAAUUUGAAGUUGACCUUCGGAGCGCUAUUGCUCAGGCACAGGCAACACAUAAUUCGGAUCAAAGUGAAAUUUGCCAACUACAAAAUACUAUUAAGCUACUUGAACAAAACCGAAAUCAAGACCUUGAUAAUCACCAAGGUGAAAUUGCAGUUUUGCAGAAUGUACAUCAACAGAAACUGGCCGAGAUGAGUCGCCGAUAUCGAGAGGAACUAAAUGACUCUGAAGAAAGAAUUAAAAAACUUGAAAAUCAGUUACAGCAAGGUGACUCGGGAGUAACAGUAACUGAUGAGUCUAAAACCUGUGACUUGCAAAAAAUGAUUCAGGUUCUACAAACUGAAAAACUAGAGGCUGCCAGGAAGAUCGAAGAACUUGAGGAUCAACUAAAAGACAUAAAUGAACAAUUAUCUUUGGCACAAAAUGACCAAGAGGUCUUGAAGAGAGAAAAAGAGCAGCUCAGUGUGGAAAAGCAAGAAAUCAUGGAACAGUGUGAAACCUUGAAGCUGGAAUGUAGUCAAUUGCAGCCUUCUGUGAUGAUGGAGCAGAAAGAGGAGGAAAUUGGGAAUGUGAGGAAAACCAGUGAACAAAUAAAAGCCCAGUUGCAGGAACACACACACAACACUCCAGCAGACAAUUCUGAUAGUUUCCAAAUAACAAAAGUUCAAAGUCUUCACAUAGAAAACAGAAGUGAAAAACAUGACCUGUGUAACCAUGAAAUUGUAAAAGGAGUGAAAGGAAUCCAACAUGAACUUGAAAUUCAACUUGUAAAUGAAAAGAGUAGAUUUUUAACCAACCAGAUUGAUCAGCUGUCUGAAGAUGAAGUUGGUCAACUCACUCAAGCUAUCCCGCAACAAGCUCUUCAGGCUGAAACUUAUUCAGGAAAACUUGAUAUGAUUCCACCCCAGCCCUUGGCUGCAUCAUCACGUACCUCCCAGUCAGCAGAAGUCCAAGAGCUGAGACAAUCACUACAAGAAAAAGAGGCCACCAUUAGGAUGCUCCAGGAAAAUAACCACAGGUUGUGUGAUGCAAUUGCUGCUGCCACAGACAGAGAAAACAAAGAACAUGAAGAAAUGGAUUCCGAAAUUCAACAGCUCAAGGAAGAACAAGAUGUGUUAAAAACUUUACUGAAGGAAAAAGACCUCUUCAUCCAAGCCAAAAGUGAUCAGUUUCUUUCUUCCAAUGAAAAACUGACAAAGUGA